UUUGACAACAUAACCGAUUUUCAUGUUUUUCAAGUGAAAAUUUUCUUUCGAUUCAGAAAAAUGUAAAAUAAUGUGAAACAUUAAAAUUUAGUAAUACAUGCUCUUAAGAAGCUUCAGACCAAAGAUGUCUUUCAAUUUUAAUCCGCUAUCUGGCAGUAUUCCACAAAUGCAUCUCCUCGCACCGAAUUCGGGUAGCAACUCAUUGAAUUUACUUCCCAAAUUACUCGUUGCCCAACAAUCAUCUCAAAUGGGAAAAAAUUCAACACAACAUCGUUCAUAUGAUUUCAAAAAUAUUCAUGAUGGUAACGUUCCAUCGGGAACAGGUCCUAUGGAGCUUGAAAAUCCUUCCGAAGGCCAAUCGAGUUGUGAUCAUCACUUAAAUGAGGGCAGUUGUGAGAAUAUUAACUCAAAUUCUGAGCUGGUCUUCAAUGGAAUGAUGGGAAUACAACCACAAAGUUUCAUGAUGCUUCCAAGUGUUAUGAUGGAUCCAUCACUACUCGGUAUUCAACAGUUUCCAGUCCUAAAUCUUCCAACAGCAACUGUCACUUCACCCGAAAAUCUCAAAAACAGUGAGAAUCAGGUUGUGAAAGAAAUUAUUCAUUGUCAAAAUUGCACUUUGAUUCCUCCAAAUCCAAAUCAGCCACCACCAACAAUAAGAGAACGACCACUUGGAUGUAAAACGUGUUUUGUUGGUGGUCUUCCUGAAAACAUUACCGAAGCAAUUAUUCAUGAAAUUUUCGAACGAUGUGGAGAAAUAACUACACUUCGUUUGUCGAAGAAGAAUUUUUGUCAUAUUAGAUUCACUUUUGAAGUAUCUGUCGAUUCAGCAAUUUAUUUGUCUGGAUAUAGAGUUAAAAUUGGCAACAACAAUGAUCCGGGAAACACUGGAAAAUUACAUGUUGACUAUGCUCAAGCAAGAGACGAUCAAUACGAAUACGAAUGCAGACAACGGCAACUUCAGAGAGAGCAACGACAUAAAGAGAAAGAUCGUUCUAGAUCGUCAUCGUCGCCACCUCUAGUCGUUCACUUUACUGAUCAUGAAGCAACGUCGGUCUCAGAAAAGAUAAAAAAUGAUGAAACUUUUUUGAAAGCUGUUGUCACUCUCAUAACAUGGCUUGAAAGGGGCGAUUGUGUGAAAAAGAAUGCAAAUAUAUUCUAUUCGAUGAUUCAAAGCACAAAUUCUCAUAUAAGAAGAAUAUUAAAUGAGAAAUGUCAAUAUGAAGAUGAACUUAGAGAUGCUAAAGAAAAAUAUCAUAAGCAGAUGAUCAAGAUGGUUGAGCAAUAUGAACAUAGAGAAGAAUUUACAGCUUUGGUUCGAGAAAUGAAGAACCAUUUACGUUCUGAAGGAUAUCAACUUUCAGUUACAAUUCUUCCAAAUGUUAACUCUUCCCUUUAUCUCGAUGUUUCUGCAACAGUUAACAAUAUUGAUUGGAUCAAUCUUGCUGCUUUUGACUUUCAAACACCUUUCAGAAAUAAGAAGGAAGUCGAUUUUCCAGCACCAUUAUAUCGACCAAGCGAACGCAAUUCGGAAUUGAACGCUGAUUAUCAAGUGACUGAUUUAAUUGGACGUGGUUUCCCUUCAAAUAAAAUUGUCCUUGGAAUUCCCACCCAUGCAAACGUUUGGUCUAUCGAAGAAGAUGCAACUGCGACAGGAGUUCCACCAUUUCAAGGAAAUGGCCCAGCUCCACCAGGGAUUCAAUCAAAAUUGGAAGGAAUUUUGAGUUAUGCAGAAGUGUGCAGUAAGCUUACAAACCCCCAGAAUAAAGAUCUGAAAGGAGAAAAUGGCCCAGUACGUAAAGUAGGUGAUCCAUCCAAGCGAUUUGGAAGUUAUGGAUUUAGAUUACCUGAUAAAGAUGGCGAGCACGGUUUAUGGAUGGGCUAUGAGGGUCCAGACACAGCUGGAAAUAAAGCAGCUUACGUCAGAGCUAAGAACCUUGGUGGUGUCGCAAUCUUUGAUUUGACCAUGGAUGAUUUCCGAGGAGCAUGUUCAGGUCCUAUGGAGCUUGAAAAUCCUUCCGAAGGCCAAUCGAGUUGUGAUCAUCACUUAAAUGAGGGCAGUUGUGAGAAUAUUAACUCAAAUUCUGAGCUGGUCUUCAAUGGAAUGAUGGGAAUACAACCACAAAGUUUCAUGAUGCUUCCAAGUGUUAUGAUGGAUCCAUCACUACUCGGUAUUCAACAGUUUCCAGUCCUAAAUCUUCCAACAGCAACUGUCACUUCACCCGAAAAUCUCAAAAACAGUGAGAAUCAGGUUGUGAAAGAAAUUAUUCAUUGUCAAAAUUGCCCUUUGAUUCCUCCAAAUCCAAAUCAGCCACCACCAACAAUAAGAGAACGACCACUUGGAUGUAAAACGUGUUUUGUUGGUGGUCUUCCUGAAAACAUUACCGAAGCAAUUAUUCAUGAAAUUUUCGAACGAUGUGGAGAAAUAACUACACUUCGUUUGUCGAAGAAGAAUUUUUGUCAUAUUAGAUUCACUUUUGAAGUAUCUGUCGAUUCAGCAAUUUAUUUGUCUGGAUAUAGAGUGAAAAUUGGCAACAACAAUGAUCCGGGAAACACUGGAAAAUUACAUGUUGACUAUGCUCAAGCAAGAGACGAUCAAUACGAAUACGAAUGCAGACAACGGCAACUUCAGAGAGAGCAACGACAUAAAGAGAAAGAUCGUUCUAGAUCGUCAUCGUCGCCACCUCUAGUCGUUCACUUUACUGAUCAUGAAGCAACGUCGGUCUCAGAAAAGAUAAAAAAUGAUGAAACUUUUUUGAAAGCUGUUGUCACUCUCAUAACAUGGCUUGAAAGGGGCGAUUGUGUGAAAAAGAAUGCAAAUAUAUUCUAUUCGAUGAUUCAAAGCACAAAUUCUCAUAUAAGAAGAAUAUUAAAUGAGAAAUGUCAAUACGAAGAUGAACUUAGAGAUGCUAAAGAAAAAUAUCAUAAGCAGAUGAUCAAGAUGGUUGAGCAAUUCAAUCAGAUUGAAAAAGUUUUUAAUGCUGCAAGUCAUAAGAAAGUCUGGGAUCAUUUCACAAAAGCGCAGAGGAAAAACAUCGAUUCAUGGUGCAAGCAAGCAUUGGAAAUUCGAUCAUACCAACUUGAUGAAUUCGUGAAAGAAAAUGACGAAAUGGAUAUGUCAGAUGAUGAUAACAACAGUGGAUCACAAAGUAGAAAAAAGAUGAAACUUGACAAUACCAGAAAGAAGGACGAAACUUUAUUCCGACACCAUGACAUAAAAAUUGAAGCUGAAUCCAAGGAAAAUGAUCGAGUUGACAAAGAUCUUAAGGAGAAGCAAAUCAAAGUCCUUCAAGAGACAAUUCGGAAUCUUCAGCGUAAACUUAUUGAAACAAAUACCAAAGAGAAACAAAAUGAAGCCAAAAUCAAUGAACUUGAGGAAACAAUUCGCGAGUCAAAUGUUAAAGAAUUAUUGUUACGAACAAAGAUUGCAAACGCUCGUAGAUGUUCAAUCUCUGGUGCGUCCAACACGAACGACGACGCUAGUGAUUCAUCUUCAGUCGCGCAAUUAAAUAAUGUGGAUCUAGUAGCGAACGAAUCUCUUUUAAUUAGCUUGGCAACUACUUUUCUAGUCAUUCAUCCAAGAGGAGCAAACAUCGAGGCAAUAUUGGCUUACAUUCAACAGUUUGUGCCAUCAACAAAUGAACAUGAAGUUCAAGAUAUGUUGACGAAAAAUGAGAGAAUUUUUUCUUUCAUCACCAAUGAAAAUGAACGUUUUAAAUGGUUUUACAAUGGCUUAGGAAAAGUUACGUUAACUGACAUUGAAGCAGGAUUAUCACAAUGCACACAUCUGGUGUAUGGAUGGACUGGAAUCAAUGAAGCUAAGAGGGUCGUUUCAUUAAAUGCCCAUCAGGACUUGGAUCAAGGCAAAAGUCUCUUCCGAUUGACCACACAACUUAAAAGAAAAUUCCCAGGACUUAAAGUGCUUUUGGGUGUUGGUGGUGAUGCACAAAUGGAAUAUGACAAUUGGCUAGAUCUUCUCGAAUCAUCACAAAAACGCAUAGAAUUUGCUUACAGCGCUUAUGAUUUGGUGAAAACUUUCGAUUUCGAUGGCAUUGAUUUAGCUUUUGAGUUUCCAAAAACUAAACCAAAAAAAAUACGCUCCAGCGUUGGCUCUGUAUGGCAUUCCUUUAAAAAAACCAUUGGAGUAGCUGGUAAUCCAGUAGAUCCUAAAUCAGAUGAACAUAGAGAAGAAUUUACAGCUUUGGUUCGAGAAAUGAAGAACAGUUUCCGUCCUGAAGGAUAUCAACUUUCAGUUACAAUUCUUCCAAAUGUUAACUCUUCCCUUUAUCUCGAUGUUUCUGCAACAGUUAACAAUAUUGAUUGGAUCAAUCUUGCUGCUUUUGACUUUCAAACACCUUUCAGAAAUAAGAAGGAAGUCGAUUUUCCAGCACCAUUAUAUCGACCAAGCGAACGCAAUUCGGAAUUGAACGCUGAUUAUCAAGUAACUGAUUUAAUUGGACGGGGUUUCCCUUCAAAUAAAAUUGUCCUUGGAAUUCCCACCCAUGCAAACGUUUGGUCUAUCGAAGAAGAUGCAACUGCGACAGGAGUUCCACCAUUUCAAGGAAAUGGCCCAGCUCCACCAGGGAUUCAAUCAAAAUUGGAAGGAAUUUUGAGUUAUGCAGAAGUGUGCAGUAAGCUUACAAACCCCCAGAAUAAAGAUCUGAAAGGAGAAAAUGGCCCAGUACGUAAAGUAGGUGAUCCAUCCAAGCGAUUUGGAAGUUAUGGAUUUAGAUUACCUGAUAAAGAUGGCGAGCACGGUUUAUGGAUGGGCUAUGAGGAUCCAGACACAGCUGGAAAUAAAGCAGCUUACGUCAGAGCUAAGAACCUUGGUGGUGUCGCAAUCUUUGAUUUGACCAUGGAUGAUUUCCGAGGAGCAUGUUCAGGUCCUAUGGAGCUUGAAAAUCCUUCCGAAGGCCAAUCGAGUUGUGAUCAUCACUUAAAUGAGGGCAGUUGUGAGAAUAUUAACUCAAAUUCUGAGCUGGUCUUCAAUGGAAUGAUGGGAAUACAACCACAAAGUUUCAUGAUGCUUCCAAGUGUUAUGAUGGAUCCAUCACUACUCGGUAUUCAACAGUUUCCAGUCCUAAAUCUUCCAACAGCAACUGUCACUUCACCCGAAAAUCUCAAAAACAGUGAGAAUCAGGUUGUGAAAGAAAUUAUUCAUUGUCAAAAUUGCACUUUGAUUCCUCCAAAUCCAAAUCAGCCACCACCAACAAUAAGAGAACGACCACUUGGAUGUAAAACGUGUUUUGUUGGUGGUCUUCCUGAAAACAUUACCGAAGCAAUUAUUCAUGAAAUUUUCGAACGAUGUGGAGAAAUAACUACACUUCGUUUGUCGAAGAAGAAUUUUUGUCAUAUUAGAUUCACUUUUGAAGUAUCUGUCGAUUCAGCAAUUUAUUUGUCUGGAUAUAGAGUGAAAAUUGGCAACAACAAUGAUCCGGGAAACACUGGAAAAUUACAUGUUGACUAUGCUCAAGCAAGAGACGAUCAAUACGAAUACGAAUGCAGACAACGGCAACUUCAGAGAGAGCAACGACAUAAAGAGAAAGAUCGUUCUAGAUCGUCAUCGUCGCCACCUCUAGUCGUUCACUUUACUGAUCAUGAAGCAACGUCGGUCUCAGAAAAGAUAAAAAAUGAUGAAACUUUUUUGAAAGCUGUUGUCACUCUCAUAACAUGGCUUGAAAGGGGCGAUUGUGUGAAAAAGAAUGCAAAUAUAUUCUAUUCGAUGAUUCAAAGCACAAAUUCUCAUAUAAGAAGAAUAUUAAAUGAGAAAUGUCAAUACGAAGAUGAACUUAGAGAUGCUAAAGAAAAAUAUCAUAAGCAGAUGAUCAAGAUGGUUGAGCAAUGUGAUCCAUCCAAGCGAUUUGGAAGUUAUGGAUUUAGAUUACCUGAUAAAGAUGGCGAGCACGGUUUAUGGAUGGGCUAUGAGGAUCCAGACACAGCUGGAAAUAAAGCAGCUUACGUCAGAGCUAAGAACCUUGGUGGUGUCGCAAUCUUUGAUUUGACCAUGGAUGAUUUCCGAGGAGCAUGUUCAGGUGACAAAUUUCCUAUCUUAAGAGGCGCUCGAUAUCGAUUGAUGUAA